CUUGCAACAACUUUCCAGAUUGUCGGUGAAUCCUCAAUUACGUGUACCCCAAACCAGAUGGCUGUGCAUUGCUGUAUCUUGCACAAACCAGCCGGAAUUCAAUCAAUGGUUUCGAUACAUCGAUCCAAUGAACCCCGCAUCCCCGAACCGACAGCCGAAAGGCCUCCUCGGCGCCCAGUCGAUGAAACCUAGGUAGCUUGGUUGUGCUACAACAAGCUACAUAAGUGGGGAAACUUGGUGACAUAAAAAUUCGCUGGGAGCUCUCCUCUUAAUCGCAUUCUAAACGGUAACACCUCCACUCUCUGUACAGUUACUGAACAAAGUAGACCCCUUGUUACUUAGCACCAUGACGUCUCGUCCGGUUCGCAUUGCAGGUGCUUCUGGUUCUGCAUCCGACCGUCGACAUGCCAUCGCCGAGUUCGCUCGUAACUACCCUCAAGACCCCGUCGACGUCAUAAUUGCCGACUUCAUGAGUGAAGCGAACAUGGUUACGGGGGCAGCACGACGGAUAGAUCAGGAUCAUGUUCAAGAGAGCGCGAGGAGUCAAAGUUCAUCAAAAUCGACUAGUGCCCCGGGGUAUGAGUUAUCAUUUCUUCUGGCCUUGCAACCAGCGCUCGAGGACCUGGCGAGAUACGGUAUCAAAGUGGCAGUCAAUGCGGGCAACACAGAUACGGAGGGGCUCUACAAAGCGGUGACAGAAAUGGUGAAGGCUAAAGGCUUGAACCUAAAGGUGGCUUGGAUAUCUGGCGAUGAGGUCCUUUCAACGGUAAAAGCAGCUUUGUCCGGUGGUAAAUCAACCUUCAAGAACGUGUAUACCGGGGAGACCCUUUCCGACUGGUCUUUCAAGCCAAUCUACGCCCAAUGUUACCUUGGGGGCCUGGGGAUUGCCGCUGCCUUAUCUCAGGGAGCCGAUAUUGUUCUGUGCGGACGAGUAUCAGAUGCGUCUCCUGUUAUUGGGGCUGCGUACUGGUAUCACGGAUGGAAUCGCAGUGACCUCGAUCAGCUGGCCAAUGCCUUCGUGGCUGGACAUCUUAUUGAAUGUAGCAACUACGUCUGUGGGGGCAAUUUUACCGGGUUUAAGACCCUAGAGAAAGCCGGCAGAGAUGGCUGGCGCAAUAUUGCUUAUCCUAUUGCAGAGAUCUCAGCAGAUGGGAAAGUGGUUAUCACAAUGCAAUCCUCUGCCACAGGAGGCACAGUGACUGUUGAUACAUGCUCCUCUCAGCUGCUAUACGAGAUACAGGGCCCUUGGUACUUCAACUCCGAUGUUACUGCUGUGCUAACAGACAUCCAUUUUGAGCAAGUCGGUACCAAUCGUGUGGCCGUACAUGGCGUCCGAUCUGCACCUCCUCCCCCAACGACGAAAGUCGGCAUCACAGCCCGCGGCGGUUUUCAAGCGGAGGUUUCUUGGUUUCUCGUUGGAUUAGACAUUGAUGACAAGGCACGUAUGCUGGAAGAUCAGAUUCGACACCUUCUUGCGCCAUACUCGUCCAGCUUCACAGCUCUCAAGUUUUCCACAUUAGGUUCUGUGCCAGAUGACCCUCGAGAUCAAAACACUGCAACCGUCAUCUUCCGAGUUGUUGCCCAAGCUCGCAAAGCCGAAGACCUGGCUCCCAGUAAAUUCGUCCGUCAGGUCACUGAUAAUAUCAUGCAAGGCUAUCCCGGCGCUACAUUCCAUCUCGACCUACGACAAGGUUUCCCAAAGCCCGUGUAUGAAUAUUAUGUUAGUCUUCUACCGCAAGCAGAUGUGAAACACCGUGCCCACAUCCCUUGGAAAAAUCAAGUCCUUGACAUCUCUCCACCGCCGGCAACACACGAGUUCCCGCCUCGCCCACCGUCACAGGCGAUUACAGAGCCACCUGUCAACCACGAUCUAGACUUCGGACCAACAACCCGUGGUCCUCUAGGAUGGAUUGUUCAUGCUCGAUCGGGAGACAAGGGACCUGACGCAAAUUGCGGCUUCUGGGUACGACACAAUGAUGAAUACAUCUGGUUGCGCUCACUGCUAUCCAUUCCAAAGGCAGAAGAACUUCUAGGAGAUGAAUAUCAGUCAAACACACGGCUACAUAUUGAGCGAUUUGAGCUUCCCAACCUCCGUGGAGUGCACUUCUUGUUCCGGAAUCUGCUCGACCGGGGGGUAGGGGUGACAACUACAGUGGACUUUCUGGGGAAGAAUGUUGCUGAGUAUCUGCGAGCAAAGUGGGUGGAUCUGCCUGUCAGGUUCUUAAACCGCGGCAAGCUGUAGUUGAUGAAUCGCUCCUACUCUUGCCGCGGAUCUUGGUAAGCUUAAUUGCAAUACUCUGGUAGACACAUGAUCACGGGCUUCUCGCGGAUAAUCUAGGAGGUGCAAUCUUUCUUGGCAUUAAAUCAUUUGUCGC